AUGGAUCAUCCCAAAUACCAUCAAUAUCGCGAAGACUUUUUGAAUGCGCCUGAUUGGCAUUAUGUGUCGUCCUCGGACGAGGCUAAUGAGGAAGAUGACCUUGACGGACUCCUUACACCGGUGUCUAUGACUCGCCAUUGCGAUAUCAGCAAUACCUCGCACGCCCCCUCCGCCCAUGUCGCCCACAACUCCUUGUUGAAGCGAAAUGAUAGAAAGAGCUCCUCCGUGAAUCUUCGGCAGAGCAAACCCUGUUCAAGCUCGCCACGUCGUCCCAUCACUCGGUCGUACGGAAUCGACUGUGUAUCACUGGACUAUCGGCGUAAAGGCUUUGUUGUCUGUCGGUCAGCUACGAAGAAUAUCUCCAUGACCUUUGAAAGAUAUCUGAGACAUUACGUUUGUCAAAUGUACCCCGAAUAUGCUAUAGUACUUACUCUAUCAGGAUAUCGAGCGAGCAAAGAUGAGCCAUCGAGCCCGAAUCGCAGAUUCUAUUAUUUCCUCGAAGACCCCCUUUAUACCGUCUCAACCGACACGACUUUAGCAGGAGGGUGGAAGUGGUUUAGAUCACAAAGAGGAGUUGCACGAAGCUGCUGA